CACACACACACACACACACACAUCCUAUCCUCUCCUCUCCCCGGCCCCUGCCUCAACUCCGCCCCUCGCAGCAACCAACCCAUGACCGCUGGCCUCCUCUGAUACAAGGACACAGGCUCGCGCACAUACACGCGCCGACUCUGCCCCAAUCUCGCGCGGAUCAGCAACUAAGCCACCCCCCAAACGCAGGGCAACCGGAGGAUGCACCCCUCAAUCACGAAGAAGGUCGCCCUCCUGCGGCAGAUCGUCACGUCCCUGGUGGAUCCUGCCCUUCUUGCUGGUCCCUCCCCGCUUCAGGCGCUGAGCACGGCAUGUCUGCCGAUUGUGGGCGCGACGUCCGCCUCCCCUCGGCCGCCUGGACGAGUUCUCCUGAAACGCGAUGAUCUCCUCGGCGCGCCCGAGUGUGGUGGCAAUAAGCUCCGCAAGUUGGCCUCCUGCUUGCGCUGGCUCGAGUCCCACCCCCACCCGGGCACCGCUCGGCCGGCCGUCGCAAUGAUCGGUGGCCGGAGGUCCAACAGUCUGCCAGCCACAGCGGCCGUCCUUCGCCAGCGUGGCUUCCCGGUCCUCAUUCCCUACUUGCUGGAAGCGCACUCCGGGCGGACCAACCCAUGCCUCCAGGACUCCCCCCCGCCGGGCCAAGCCUCUUGCGGUGGUCUCCGGCCACGCGUGUACCCUCUGGCCAUGUCACCAUCCAUGGAACGCCCCGAUCGGGGGAUCUCCCCGAAUGAGCUUCUGCUUGAGCUCCUCUUUGAUCUUCCCACCGAGGCUCGAAUGCUGGAUCUGACGGAUCUUGCGCCGGGCGACCGGCCAGAGCACCACGUUUGGCGGGAUCUUGCCCAGCGCGGGGUCCUUUCUCGCGAACUGGAGGACGCUUGGUGUCAACCGAACAUCCUGGCGGCUGGCCAUCCCUCCGGGCGCGUUCUCUCGGCCCCCCGACCGGUGGAGGUGUUGCCCGAGGGCCUCUGCUUCGCUCCCUCCCUGCCGGGUGCCCUGAGCCUUCCGCUGGAAGUAGCCGAGCACAUUUUGGCCAAGGAAAUCCGCCUCCCAGCCACAGUGUACAUGGAUGCCGGGACGGGAUUCUCGGCCGGGGCCUUUGCCGCCACCAUGGACUGGCUCGGCCUGCCGGUCACCACAAAGGUGGUCUUGAUGGCGGGCGACCCGUCGGGACUCCGCCAACAGGUGACCCUAGCUACGGCGGGACUUGCCCAGCUGACAGCACACUUUCCCCCGCACUCGGAGUCCCCGGCCUUGGAGAGCCCUGCGAAUCAGCACCAGUUGGAAAUCCUCCGGCCCCCGGCGGGCCGGUCCUUUGGCUCGGCUCCGGCCAGUGUCCUGGCAUAUAUUUCCCAAUUGGCUCGGGCCACGGGGAUUUUCACGGACCCCAUCUACUCGGGGAAGCUCUUCAUGACCGCCGAGAUGGACAUUUCCUCCGGACACACCAUCGGCUGUUCGACAGGUGAGGGAGAUUCGCUGGUCGUGCAUUCCGGCGGAGUGCAUGCCCUCUUUGGGUAUGGGCAUCGAUUGUUGCGCGGCCGCGACGAUACAUCCCCCCGACAUGGGACUUAGCGAGAAUGCACAUACCUCUGCGGAUUGCCACAAACCGACCGGGGAAGGGAGAGAGAGAGGGGGGGGGGG